AUGUCUCAAGGAAAAAAACGAAUACAUCAUAUCAUGUUAUCAUCUGAUUCCGAAACAUCAGAUAAUGAAAGUCAACAUCGAACUAGAGCAAAUACUAUUCAUAUGGAAGGUAGUAAUUACGAAGGAUCAAAUUUAAAUAAUACAGUUGUAUCAAAUAUGAUAAAUGAAAUAAAUGAAUUAACAGAUCAAAAUACUCGAAAUCAACGAACAGCAUCAACAUUUAAUACAUUAUUGAAUAUAGUAAAUAUUGCUUCAACAUCUCCAAUACAAACAUCUAUUGAACAAUAUUUUGCAACAACGGACAACUCGUUUCAUGAAAUCAAUCGUCUAAAUGAAAAUACAUCUGAAUUUCGUAUUCGAUGCAAAGUUCUUUACAAAAGUCUUAUACGUCAAUUCGGUGCAAAUAGUAAGAUGUUUGAUGGAAUUGUAUGUGAUAUGUACGAAGAAAUUAAAGUAAUUGCAUUUGAUGAACAAAAAAUAAUAAUCGAAAAUGGCCAAGUUCGAAAAGCAGAUGAAAGAUAUCGAACAACGAAUUCAAUGUAUGAAAUCCGGUUAUUUGAAAAUAGUCAUGUUGAACUAUAUGAAUCUAAUGAUUUUAAUCCAUCCGUUAAAAUAAUGAAAAAAGCAAUCAUUAGUGUUAGCCAGUUAUUACACGGUGCAUACGUUGGAUCAAAUAAAUCAACAGCUAUUGGCUUAAUAGAAAGAGCAACUAGAGAAGUAGAAGAAUAUCUUCAGAUAAAAAUUGAAGAUAGUCGAAUAAAUGGUUCAGUGACCAUCGAAACACUUGAUGAAUUUAAUACAUUUGCAUCAUCAUUCGGCCUCUAUCGUGCAGAUAAAGCAUUUUAUCAUCGUUCAGUAUUAAAUACUCUUUGGAAUGGACCCAAGUCAUAUUUUAGACAAUUAGUAAAAGGUGAUAUUAAAGGUGAAAAUCCAUGGCUAUCUAUCGUAGCAGCUGCUCAUCCUAGUGCAAUUAUAAAUAUUUUGAAGGAAGAAAAUAAUCAAUUAGGUGCAAACGGAUUGUUUGCUAGAUUCAUAUUUUCUGCACGUAUCUCUCCGGAAGAUGUGCAUAAACGUAGUAAACGUGAUACAGAUGCAACGAAUGGCGAAUUUCAUGUACAACCAUCUGCUUAUCCUAGUUUAAGUCACAUUAUGUACUUUAUAUAUCUAAUGCAUGACAAUCAAACUUUAACGUUAAAAAUGUCUCAAGCAACGAAUGAUAUUCUUACGCAUACACAUGAUGAAUACAAUAAUAUGGUCAUUGCUUUUCAAGGUUAUCAAGAUGUUCUAUGCACACUAUUCUCAAAAUCACGCGACCAUUUAUAUCGAAUCUGUGGUUUAGUACAUCUUCUUCAUCAAGCUUGUACUUAUGUUCUGAAGGCUGAGCCACAAUUGCAAUAUUUAGUGCUCGAUGAUAUAGCAGCUGAAUCGAUACAAAGAGUUGCUAGUAUAGCAAGAGAAAGUAUGAACGAUUAUCCUAUUAUUCCACCUGAAGUGGCAUUAACGACAGUAGAAUUAAUGAAGUUUUAUGACGAUACGAAAAAACUUCUGUAUGGAUUUCCACUAAUAACUAUUCCACCAUCGCAAGAAAUGAAUGUUGGUCCAUCUGCAUCACAACGAAUAAAUACGUCAGAACAACAUGUUGAACGAGAUAAUUGUCAUCCUUAUCAUUGUAUUGUUAAUAAUACAAGUAGAAGUGUUGUUAGUCAUUAUAGCGGUUUUUCAUCUCUAUCGUCAUCUAUUGAUUCGUUUAAUGGUUCUACAACUGAUGCGACUAUAAAAAAAAUAUUAUUAUAUAAAAAAUAA